CACCCAUCAGUGCCCAGCAGUGUCACCCAUCAGUGCCCAGCAGUGCCGCCUGUCAGUGCUGCCCAGCAGUGCCACCUGUCAGUGCCCAGCAGUGUUUCGCCCAUCAGUGCUGCCCAUCAGUGCCACCCAUCAAUGAUGCCCAGCAGUGCCGCUGAUCAGUGCCAUCUGUCAUGCCCAUCAUUGCUGCAUAUCAGUGCAUCAUCAGUGCCUCCUCAUCAAUGCCCACCAGUGCCGCCUCAUCAGUGCUACCUAUCUGUGCCGCCUCAUCAAUGCCCAUCAGUGCUGCCUAUUAGUGCAGCCUCACCAACGCAC